CCAGCCGGCCCCGCGUCCCGAGCUCUGCGCCGCUGGCGCUAAGCUGUCCCGGUGUCCCGGCGUCCCCGCCCUGGGCUGGCCGCCCCUCCGGCCUCAGCCUGUCCUUCAUGGCGAAGGGGUCCCCGUUGCCCCGCGCACCCAUGAGGCGCAGCCCUGAGAGGGGAGCGCGGCCCCGAGGCUGAGGGGGCGGCGGGCAGGCCCUGCCCGCCCGAGGGGCGCCGGGCUGCCGGGGGAUGCCGUUUGUAGUCUCAAGUGUGUUUUAACCCUUUACCCGUAGAUUUUAAGGAUAAUCUGAAAAAAGUGUAUGAAGCCAUUGAAGAGUCGGACUUCCUGGCCAUCGAUGGAGAGUUUUCAGGGAUCAGUGAUGGGCCUUCAGUUAGUGCAUUAACAAAUGGCUUUGACACUCCAGAAGAAAGCAUUCCAUGGAUUUUUUGCUCUUUCAGUUUGGCCUUUGCACUUUUAAAUAUGAUGACACAGAAGAAAAGUAUAUAAUGAAGUCAUUUAAUUUCUAUAUUUUUCCAAAACCCUUUAACAGAAGUUCACCAGAUGUCAAGUUUGUCUGUCAGAGUUCAAGUAUAGAUUUUUUAGCAAACCAAGGAUUUGAUUUUAAUAAAGUUUUUCGCAACGGAAUUCCGUAUUUAAAUCAGGAAGAAGAGAGACAGCUAAGGGAACAGUAUGAUGAGAAACGCUCUCAAGCCAACGGUGCAGGAUCUCUGUCAUACAUUUCUCCUAAUUCCACAAAGUGCCCUGUAACAAUUCCUGAAGAUCAGAAAAAAUUUGUAGAGAAAGUAGUGGAUCAGAUAGAAGACUUAUUAAAGAAGGAAGAAAGUGAAAGUUUGGAACUGGAGCCAUGUACAGGAUUUCAAAGGAAAUUAAUUUAUCAGACCUUGAGCUGGAAAUAUCCAAAAGGUAUCCACGUGGAAACUCUGGAGUCAGAUAAGAAGGAGAGAUAUAUUGUUAUUACUAAGGUAGAUGAAGAGGAACGAAAAAGAAGAGAGCAGCAGAAACAAGCAAAAGAACAGGAAGAAUUGAAUGAUGCUGUAGGAUUUUCCAGAGUUGUUCAUGCCAUUGCUAAUUCUGGCAAGCUUGUUAUUGGGCACAACAUGCUGCUGGAUGUUAUGCACACCAUACAUCAGUUCUAUUGCCCCCUACCUGAUGACCUAAGUGAGUUCAAGGAAGUAACGUCUUGUGUCUUUCCCCGGUUGCUGGAUACUAAACUGAUGGCAAGUACACAACCUUUUAAGGAGAUCAUUAAUAAUACAUCACUUGCAGAACUGGAAAAGCGUUUAAAAGAGGUUCCAUUCAGCCCUCCUAAAGUUGAAAGUGCAGAAGGAUUUCCAAGUUACGAUACAGCAUCUGAACAACUCCAUGAAGCAGGAUAUGAUGCUUACAUUACUGGACUGUGCUUCAUUUCCAUGGCUAAUUUCCUAGGUUCAUUCCUCAGUCCUCCGAAAAACCAUGUGUCUGCUAGAUCAAAACUCAUUGAACCUUUUUUUAACAAGCUAUUUCUAAUGAGAGUAAUGGACAUACCAUAUCUCAAUUUGGAAGGACCAGACUUGCAGCCCAAACGAGAUCACGUUCUUCAUGUUACUUUUCCCAAAGAGUGGAAGACUAGUGACCUAUACCAGCUUUUCAGUGCCUUUGGUAACAUUCAAGUUUCGUGGAUUGACGAUACAUCAGCAUUUGUCUCAUUGAGCCAGCCAGAGCAAGUACAAAUAGCUGUAAACACCAGCCGGUAUGCUGAAAGUUAUAGGAUCCAGACAUAUGCAGAAUAUGUGGAGAAAAAACAUGAAGAAAAACAGGCCAAGAGAAAAUGUACAGAAGAUAGUUGGAAGGAGAUGGAGAGGAAGAGGUUAAAAACCCAGUGCACACCUUACGUUUCCCAGAGUCGAUACUACUGUGUUAACAGUUUUACAGGUACCAGUACAGUGGGAAAGAGAAGCAUGAGUCCUAUUGAGGAGGAAACUGUUUCUGAUGAUAUGGAAGAGGGAGAAGGCCAAGAUCCAGAAAAUGAUCAGACAGACUCCUGCGCAGAGUCCCUUCCAGAUGGUAAGAAGAGAGCCAAAAAGUUGAAAAAGAUCAAGACAGAACAAGUUCCAGCAGGAAGCCUCACAACUAGUUCCUCUGGAAUUUUUGAGGUCCCUGAAACAUGGUAGGAAACAACUGCCUUAAAAAGUGGAGUUGAUUGAAAGCAGUUGAGAGAAUACACCUCUUGGAAGCCAUACUUUAUUUAAAUAAAGUGGUGUUAACAAAACAGUAUGUGUCCUGAAAAUCAGUUUAAUUAUUUUAAACUGUUUCUUGAACAAUCACUGUCAACUUUGCUCGUGUGUACAUCACCUAGUGUAUGACUUGUCGUUGAUCCUGUGAAAUCCUUGCUGUUGUAACUGAUGUUAGGUUUAAGAAGCAAGACUCAUUGUCCUUUGGUCACCUCCUUUGGCAUGCUGGCUGUGAACUGUACAAGAACUGGCACUCUGUGAUUUCGUGCUAGGCUGUUUCCUUUGCUUGGGGAGUGAGCACAGCUCUCCUAAUAUUUAACUAUUUUUUCAGGCAGCUUCAGUAUGCUGUCAGCAUUCUGGGAACAGGUGGAGCUGCAGUUUUACUUAUUGCUUUCUACCUGUUACUUUAUCCAGGAACAUUUCUUGAAUUUCUGUUCUCUACCCCCACCCCCAGUGCAGGUGGUAUUCAUCUAAAUACAGCCUUACACAUACUUACCCUGUCAAAAAACUGUAACUUAAAAGUUUCUCAAACAUUAAUUUCCUGGUGGGAGGUAGUUUUUCUUUGUUUUCACAUCUGUUGUUCCCACUUUUAAAUCCUGAUUCUGUAAAAAAUGUUUUUUGGUAAAUGUGAUGAACCUGCUAACUGCACCAGCCCUUUAUUUGUUUAAAAAAAGAUCUGCAUUGGUAGAUUUCAGAAAAUGUUUGAUAUUUAAAUUUUUGUAUCAUGGAAAUAAAACCAAAAUAUGUAUUUCCAUAACAUGAAAAUUAAAGACAUUUUCUUAGGAA